AUGGAGCCCCCGCCGGCCCCCGCCGUGGACCGCGCCCUCUACGCCUUCGACGAAGAGGCGCACAACGACUUGCUGCACACUCUGCAGCAGCACAACCAGAGCCUGCGGCAGAAGCUGCAGCGCAGCAGCAGCUUGCAGAGUCCCGUGGCCUUCACAGAUGUGUGGAUUUCGGACUUGGCCUUGGCCAAGAUGAUGGCGCAUGCAGAGAGCGGCGGCAAGAUCGAAGUCAUGGGGCUGCUGCUGGGCAAGGCGGUGGCCACAGCGGAGCCGCUGGAGCCGGGGGCCCCCCCCGCAGCUUCGCUGCAGGCCGAAGAGCCCUUGCUGGCAGCAGCAGAAGCUGCUGCUGCAGCAGCAGACGCAGCAGCAGAGGCGUGGGGGCCGCAGGGGCCCCUGAGAGGCUACUUUGUUGUCACAGACUGCUUCGCUUUGCCCGUCGAAGGCACUGAGACCCGAGUUAAUGCAGCAGAAGAAGCUAAUGAAUAUAUGAUUCAGUUCUUAGAAGCAGCAGAAAAGGCCGCAGUGCAGCAAAAAGUCGUUGGCUGGUACCACUCCCACCCCGACUACGGCUGCUGGCUCUCCGGCAUUGAUGUCCGCACGCAGCAGCUGCAGCAGCAGCACCAAGACCCCUUUCUCGCCAUUGUUCUGGGAGCGUUUCGAACCUUUUUGCCGGGGGAGACGAGAAGGGAAGACGAGGCAGAAGCUGGCGAGUCGCCCUCGCAGUUGUUGCCUGCUGAGAAAGUAAACGACUUCGGGGCCCAUUGGCAGCAGUAUUAUCGUCUGCGGGUGCACUACUGCUGCAACUCUUUAAGUGCGCGGCUGCUGGAGGGAAUGUGCAACGCCACUUGGCCGCAGGUGCUUGCGGGCCCAAGUCUUCGUCGGAACAGGCCCCUUGAGCUGCGGCGGUUGGAAGCCAUCUUGGAGUCUUGCGACGAAGCCAUUAGCGCUGCCGCGAGCAGCCAGCCCGCGCCUGCGGCUGAAGCGAACGGCCAGGAAAUGGGGGAUGGAUUUGAGCUAGAAGACAACACUCUGGCUGCAGAAUACUCGGAAGAAUUGGAAUUCGCAAGUCAAAAGGAAAAAGAUCUUUCUGACCGGCUUCUGAGCACUGCAGAGAAAGCAGCAGAUAUUGCCGUGCGCGCGCUUGGGGGUGAACAUGAAGCAGCAGCUCUGAGUGCCAUCUACCGAGACACAACUUGGCGGCAGGAAGUCCUCGCGUCCAGCAAAAGAGAAGAGCAGUAG